AUGAAUAGAGACAUCUCAUCUAGCAAGAAGCUAACGCCGAAGCCUCGGCAUAGUGCCUCUUCCGCAACGGCGACGUCUGCACCAUCUACGGCGCUUUCAGUCUUGCCUCGUUGGCGCCAAUCUUCCGCGGGACCGUCGGCCUCCGGGGAUGAAAAGGGCAGCGAUCCUGCAUCCUCGCCACGCUCGCUUUUCCUUUGCUGCCGUGGCCUCAUUUCUCUACGUCAUAUUCAAGGAUUGGAGGGGAUGCGAGAGCUAAGGUCGCUUAGUGUGCAUAUGAACGCUAUCCAGAGGGUAGAAGGUCUCGGCGGGCUCCAUCGGCUCGUCGAGUUGGAUCUCUCCGCGAAUGAGAUUCACGAACUGAACGCCCCCGACGCCUUCCGUGGGCUGUUUUGUCUAAAACGUCUGAAUCUAUCGAGCAACUUCCUCAACGUCCUCCCAGAGGGGGUGUUUGCCUCACUGAAAUCGCUCGAGUGGAUCGCGUUGGCGUUUAAUCGCCUGGAGGAUCUCACAGGGCUCCGCUCAAUCCCAGCGAAGGCGCCUUUGGCUUUUGUGGAUUUGUGCGGCAAUCGGAUCCAACAGAUCGGGCAAGUUCUUGAGGGCCUCCACGCCCAUCGCGCGAAGCUUCGCGAGCUCCGUCUUCGAAUCCCCCACGCGAUGCAUUCCCCUCCAUUCCUCCCCCCGACCUCGCGAACCCCCCAAACGACGGUGGCCCGAAGUCUGGGAGUUCGCCCAAUCACGGAGAGCGUCUUCGUCCUUGCGGAGAACCCUUUUUGUGGGGAGGACAACCCCCCGAUGAGGGAAAUCCGGGGGAGUGGAAUCGCCGGGGUGGGAGGCGCACCUUACGCGGACGAAAUUCUCGAGUUUUUUUCGAGUUUGGUCGUCCUCGACGGCGUCUCCUACGCGGUGGACCCUCUCGCGGAGCUCGCGCAAGCACGCGGAGAGGGGGCCUCACGCGACCAACCCGCCCCCUCUACCUCGCCUAUUUCCUCUUCUCUCAGACUGGAGCCCCCCUCGCGGUGGCCUGAGGAGGUCCUCGCGCGUGUUUUGCGGAAAAAAACAUCGACCAACGCGAAAAGGCGCGCUGAUUUUGAAUUUGACGACGACGGCAUUGUCCGCAGCUCGCGAAGUGUCUCCUCGAAGAAUUCGGCCCGUUCGAGCCCGCGGAGGAUCACCUCCUCCUCCGGGAGACGGAGCCCCUCGCGGCGGGCUUCCCAGCACGACAACGAACGUCGAAUGAGGAGGAAAAGAAAAAAAGAAAAUACCUCAAAGUCCGCUGGGAAGGCAGAGGAAAAGAAGUCCCCUCGGAAAUCGGACGACGCCGCGGUGGAUGUGGACCAUUCAGCGCAGGCUACCCUCCCUUUAGAUCCCAAUAGUGGCCCUCCUCCGGCCGAGAAGGAGCCUCAUCCACUUUUCUCGCAAAGGCUCCGUGAGCUCGAGGAGGCUCUACGGCAGUGCAAAGAAGAAAAGGAGCUCGCCCUUUUAAACGUGCAAGGCGGGGAGGAAAAGCUACGCCUCCACGCCACGAUUGAAGAGGAUUUACGCCGUCAAUUGGAGCUCGUGCGGCGGCGUGUGGAGGAGGUCGAGGAAGGUUCAACCGCGCGAAUCCGUUUACUCAACUCGCAGGUGGCCGCUCUCAAAGAUGAGCUCAACCGCCGCUCGCAGGAAAUUUUUAUUUUACACAAAACCCACCAGGCUGCCCUCGGGGAGCAAAAACGACGCCUGCAGGAUGAAAUGGAAUCCACCAGACGUGAACGCGAGGGGGAGCUGAUGAUGAAAAUCAAGGCGGACGCUGCGGAGCGCGAACGCGCGCGUGGUGAGGCCGAAGAGGAGAAAAUAGGGCAUUUGUUGGGUGAAAUAGAAGGCGGUCAGCAGGAGCUGGUGGCGAGGCGGGAGGAAAUAACUCGCCUGGGGAGGAAAUUGCUCGCAUCGAAUGAGGCACUCGCCAAAGCGCAUGAGAGUCUGGAGAAGAUGCGAGAUUUCUUUCAUUUGCAAGGAGAAGAGCUGCGCGAGCGGCAUGAUCUGGAGCUGCGAGCCCUGGCAUGGUAUGGAAACGGUGAUGGAACUCUACCGAAAGUCUCCACCCCCGAGAGUGUAAAAAAUGGAAUGGAUUUGAAUCAAUUUUUUGUUGGUGCGCUUCGCAUUCUUCUUUCGGAGCGCCAUCAGCUCUUAUGGGAUUGGGAACGCUGCCAGGGGCAUUAUCAAACCCACCUCCAGACCAUUCAAGUGCAAUACACCGAGGCCCUUCAACACGCCGAAGGGGAGCUCCAACACCUCACCAAAGAACUUGAUCACGCCCGGGAGCGAGAGGAAAAAAUGCUAAAAGCGAUGAAAAGAAAUCGCUCCCCUUCCAACCCCGUCUACGAAGAUGCGUUGGAUCCGAUUUCAACCUUGGAAAUCGAAGCCCAGCGCUUGGAAAAGCCUAGAAGCGACGCGAAAGAAACGGCUGUCGAGGUGGUGGAGCUUUCACUCGUGCACGAACACGCAGGGGGGUCAAAUGCGGCUGAGGUUGACGUGAAUCCGAAGGGAAGGGAGGCCGACUUUCUUCGGACGACAAAGUAUUGGAAGGAGUUCAGCGAGCGACUACACGGGGAACUUCAGCGGCUUCGCGAGGCCCACGAGGUCACCGUGCAGACGGAGCUCGCCACCGCGAAGGAAAACGACCGGCUGCUGGAAUCCACCGCGGACCUCGAGCGGCGCCUGCGAAAAUCGGACGAAGGGCACCAACUUGAAAAGGAAAACCUCCUGCGAACGCUGCACAAUCUUCAGGAAGACUUGGAGAACAAGCGCAGAUCGCUGGAGACGCUUGAGGAAGAGGCGCAGGCAAAGAUCGGGGAAAAACGACGCCGGAUCGCGGAGCUCGAAGGAGUGGUGGAAUCCCUGCAAGAAUCGCAGGAAAGGCAGCUCAAAGCGCAGGUGAAAUACCGAGAGGAGGCUGAAGCCCGCGCAAAAGAGCAAGAAGCCACCUGCCUUGUUCUCCGCGAUAAUAAAAAGCAUCACGAGGAAGAAAUACACAACCUGAAGGCUAGGAUUGGGGAGCUUGAAAAGGGCGCCGCCGCGAGUAUUCAGCUCCAACGCCUUGAGCAGCAUCACCAGAAUGAAAAAUCACGUCUAAUAGAGGCCAUUCGAAUUGCGCGUGAUCAACUGCUUCGUCUACAUCACGAGAGCUCUACUUUAGUUCAGCAAAACAAAGAAAAGAAUGCUGCCUUGAAUAAAAUGGAGCUGGAGCUGCAGAGCUGUAAAGCGGAACUGGAGGAAACAGAAAAGAGUAGCCGAGCAAGACAAAAAGCAACGUUUGAGAUGUUAUCCCAGAUGAUUUUCACGGAUAAAUAA